AGAAAAUGUUGUUUAUGUCAACCAGAGACUCGGUUAUACAGUCCCAGAAAAUGUCUGUGCUGCAGUUUGGCAACAUUUUACUUGAAUGUGAUGAUUCCUUUCAUAAAAGCCACAAGACUCAGACUCUUAAAAUCUCUAAAACCAGAGUAAUAAAGGAGAGGAAACUUUCCACACUCCAGAUCCAAGUGUUUCUAGUCCACUUGAAUCCUGGCACAGGUGUAGCAGUGUGUUCUUAAAGCAGGCUCUGCAGCCUCACAGAGAAACAUGAGGGAUUAGCUGGUGUUUUUUCCCACCCUCUCGUGGAUAUUUCUUGCAGCGUGCAGGCGCGUCGACGUGAGUGACAGCGUUUGGUUACUCGUCUCCACAAGCGCGUGUCAGCCUGAUGCGUAUCUGUGCUGUCAGCCGAAGGAAAGGUGGAUCCUGCUCGACAAGCCCACUCCUCUUCAUCUCCUAUUCGUGUCAUGCGUGAGGCAGAGCAGCUCCAUCCCGCUCCAUCUCCAGAACCACAUCACUCGCGACCGCGCGUCCCGGAAAACACGCCGCGUCUGACACGAUGAAUGGCUACGGGUCCCCCUACCUGUACAUGGGGGCUCCUGUGUCCCAGCCCCGGGCCCCGCUGCAGAGGACCCCCAAGUGCGCACGGUGUCGGAACCACGGCGUGCUCUCGUGGCUCAAAGGUCACAAGCGCUACUGCCGCUUCAAGGACUGCACGUGCGAGAAGUGCAUCCUCAUCAUCGAGCGGCAGCGCGUCAUGGCGGCGCAAGUGGCGCUCCGCAGGCAGCAGGCCAACGAGAGCCUGGAGAGCCUCAUCCCGGAGUCUCUCAGAGUGCUGCCCGGCAUCGGGAUGUCCGGAGCCGGCGAGGGGAACCAGGGAGCCACGCAGAGACAGGAGGAGCUGGAGCUGAGGUGGAGCAGCGCGGAGGCGGUGCAGGCCGGAGCGCAAACAUGCACAGAUCCAGCAGAGGAUGCUCCUGAUGACGCGUCAGGAGGUGAGAACGGAGGCAGCAGCAGCUCCAGUGAGAAGGAGCAGGACCCGGUCAGCUCCCCUGAAGGCUCGAAACCGAACUCCUGCUACACCCCGGAGCCCCCAGAGACCCCCUCCCAGCCCGAGGAGAGCCGCUACAGUCUCCCCAAACCCGCCAGCACUGAGAAGGAAACAAAAACAGAGAGUCCUCAGAAGUUUCCCGUGAGCCCCUCGGAGCAGGGUGUGCUCAUAGAGGGCCUCGCGGGAUCCAUCAACCUGCCCCUCAGCCUCAGGGCCAACCGGCCUCCUCUGGAGGUCCUCAAGAAGAUCUUCCCCGCGCACAAGCCUCCCGUGCUGGAUCUCAUCCUCAGAGGCUGCGGGGGGGACCUGGUGGGGGCCAUCGAGGUGCUGCUGUCCAGUCGGAAUCCUGAAGGGAGCGCGCACGCGCACACAGACCCUCACGCGGAGGCCUUGGUGCUGCCUUCAAACGGACACCUGUUCGAGCACGCGCUGGGCUCCUACCACCCGGUUUCUUCUUCAGCUAAGUGGUCUGUGGGCUCUGCUUUCCGGGUCCCCGAGUCUCUCCGGUUCACAGCCGAGUCCGCUUCGGGUCCGCUCGGUGUCCCCCUGCAGCACCCGUCCUUCCCGCAGCCCACGCGCUACCCGCUCAUGCUGCGCAACUCCCUCACGCGCAGCCAGGCCAGCCCGUUCGUGCACAACGACGUGACUCUGUGGAACACCAUGGCGCUGCAGCAGCAGUACCAGCUCCGCUCCGCCGCGCAGUACGUGUCCCCCUUCUCCCCCGCAGGCCCCGCAUCAGGCCCCGUAGGCUCCGUGUUCCGCAGCUCCAAUCUGCUCCCCUCCAGAGCAUCCGAGGAGCCGAGGAUCAGCAUCCAGGAGGAGAGCUGCACGCUGGGACCCAAACCGGGCCUGUACUCCCCUGAGGAGGAGUACGAGGAGCGCUCCGACUCCGCAGACUCCCGAAUCCUGAAUUCCUCCUCCUAGACUCUGAUGGACUACAGCAGGGGACACCAAAUCUGUAUUAUUGUGCAAGGACUCCCGGUGUGUGUAUAUUUCUGUCGGUGUCUAUGUGAGUUGUGUCGAUCAAUCACUCCCUGAUCAGCUGAUGUUGAUCAUCCUGACUUCAAGCUGUGCAGAAGUCACGUGACUCCAAAAACCAAAACGGAUGAAUGUAAAGGACCGGCUUUGUUUUCAGACGUGUCACCUGUUCCCUGUGAAGAAGCAUGUUUAAAUACUGUGAACACUGUGACCCUCAAUGCAUGAAGAGUAUGCCAAAUAAACCCAAAGUUUCCAAAAACA